CAGUGGAUGUGCAGCUCUCUCCUGCAGCGGCGGCGGCGGCAGCUCGGUGUUAGACGACGAUGUGAAGCUAGGUGGCCGCACCGACACAUUUAUCGCGCCGAGGCUUCUCGUGCCAGACGCACAUGGGAUCCGUCCUGCGCACCCGGGGAUCUUCAGCACCCGCAGCCGAGCGGAGGGCACCCUGAGCCGGCUCCGGAGCUCCCGGACUCUCCCCCCUCCCUCCCCAGCUGAGACUCUUUUCGGAGGCGGUUUUCUCUCCUUCCUUGCUUCCUUCCUUCCUGGUGUUUUCCGUCCAGCCGUGCGUUGAUCCCGACAGACCGUCAGUCGCGGCGGACGAGCUGCGUCUUUGCGCGGGGAGGUCGGACUUUACCGUUGGAAGGGUAACAAGAAAAAACACCCAAAAACACACGCGAAGAAGAAGGAAAAAAAACUCCCCCUUCUUUGAUUUCCUGUCAGCUUUUUUUCUCGAUUUAUUUCCUGCUGCCAAAAAAAAAAACAAAAAAAAAAAAACAGGACCCCGAAGCUUUUUUUUCACCCUUUUCCUCCCGAGGAUGAAAGAAAACUAAAUUUGCCAUCGAGGAUUUUUUUUCCUUUAAUUUUUUGUAUUUUUAUUUUUUUUUGUUAAACUGGAUUUAUUUCGCUGUGGAGGAGAAAGAAAGAAAAAAAAGAGAGAGAAGCGAACCGGAGGAGCGGAGCGGAGCGGUGCGCAAAAAAAGCCCCAAAGCAGAGGUCCUCUCUCCUCUUCCUCUUCCUCUUCCUCCCCUUCUCUGUCUCUCCAUCUAUCAAUCUGUCCACCUAUCCUCCUCUAUCUAUCUGUCUUCUCCGUGUGUUUCCAUGUUUUUAGGUCCGUGAGAUUUUGCUUAAAAAAAAAACAUGCAUCACCAACAGCGGAUGGCAGCUUUGGGAACGGACAAGGAACUGAGCGACUUACUGGAUUUCAGCGCGAUGCGAAACAGCGAUUUGAAAAUGUUCCCAACAUCCAUGAUGUUUUCCCCUCCUGUUAGCAGUGGAAAGAACGGGCCGACCUCCCUGGGGAGCGGACAUUUCUCCGGCUCAAAUAUGGAGGAGAGGUCGAGUGCAGCAUCAUGGGCGAGUGGAAGUCGUUCUUCUAAGAGUUACGCUGAUGGAUCUCAGUACAUGGCGUCACACGACAGCCUCUCGCCUCCGUACGCUAACUCCAGGCUAGCAGGUAAAACAGAGAGGAGUUCGUAUUCGUAUGGAAGAGAGUCCAACCCUCACUGCCAUCAGUCGAUUCUGGGCGGUGAGUUGGGUUUGGGGAGUCCCGGCGCUGCGUCGCCCACCAAGCCGGCCGGUCAGUACUACCAACACUACGGCUCCAACCCCAGGAGGAGAACGCUGGCCAUGGACACUAUGGAAAUUCACACAAAAAAAGUGCGGAAGGUCCCUCCUGGCUUGCCGUCCUCGGUGUAUGCUCCGUCUGCCAGUACAGCCGACUACAACAGGGACUCUCCAGGUUAUCCCUCCUCCAAACCUCCCAGCGCUGGAUUCCCCAGCUCCUUCUUCAUGCCAGAUGGUCACCACAGUGGAGAUCCCUGGACCAGCAGCAGUAGCAGUAUGAGCCAGCAGGGUUACCAUGGCAGCAUGCUGGGAGGCGGGAACACGGCCCACAGCUCCGCCCAGAGCUCCUCCUACUGCGGGAUCCACCCCCACGACAGACUGAGCUACCCGUCGCACUCGUCUGCAGACAUCAGCUCCAGCCUUCCUCCUAUGUCCAGCUUCCACAGAGGAGGAGGCGGCGGCAGUGGCGGCGGAGGGGGCGGAGCCAAUCACUACAGCACCGCCUCCUGCACCGCCUCCACCAACGGCACAGACAGCAUCAUGGCUAACCGAGCGCAGAGCGGAGCAGCCAGCAGCUCUCAGACAGGAGACGCCUUAGGGAAAGCACUCGCAUCGAUCUACUCUCCAGACCACACGAACAACAGCUUCUCAUCCAAUCCCUCCACCCCAGUCGGCUCCCCACCUUCCCUCACAGCUGCCAGUUCGGCCGUUUGGUCGAGGAAUGGCGGACAGGGAGCGUCGUCGCCAAACUACGAGGCUCCAUUGCACUCUCUGCAAAGUCGUAUCGAGGACCGUCUGGAGCGUUUGGACGAUGCCAUCCACGUACUGCGGAGCCACGCGGUGGGACAGUCGACGGGUAUGAGCGGUGGCCAUGGCGACAUGCACAGCAUCAUCGGGGCGGCACAUACGCACAACGGUGCCAUGGGAGCUCUGGGUAGCGGCUACGGGACGGGACUGCUAUCGGCCAACAGACACUCCCUCAUGGUGGGCUCUCACAGAGAAGACGGCGGCAGCGUGGGCGGUCUGCGUGGAGGACACUCCAUGGCCGGUCAGGUGUCGGUGCCUCAGCUGCCGGUUCAGUCGGCCACCUCACCGGACCUCAGCCAGCCCGACCCGUACCGCGCUUUGUCCGGAGGCCUUCAGGGUCAGAGCACCUCCUCCGUCAGCUCAGAGAUCAAGUCCGAGGACGAGGGCGACGAGAACCUCCUGCAGGACCCGAAGUCCAUGGAGCCCAAGAAGGAGGACCCCGACAGCAAGGAGCUCAAAGCUAUAGAGAGGUCAAGAUCUAGCAACAACGACGACGAGGACUUGUCCCCGGAGCAGAAGAUGGAGCGAGAGCGGGAGCGGCGGAUGGCCAACAACGCCCGGGAACGCCUGCGCGUCCGCGACAUCAACGAGGCGUUCAAGGAGCUGGGGCGGAUGGUUCAGCUGCACCUGAAGAGCGACAAACCUCAGACCAAGCUGCUGAUCCUGCACCAGGCCGUCGCCGUCAUCCUCAGUCUGGAGCAGCAAGUCCGAGAGCGAAACCUGAACCCGAAGGCGGCCUGCCUGAAGCGCCGCGAGGAGGAGAAGGUCACUGUGACGUCGGACGGGACUCCCCUCUCGCUGGCCGCCGCCCACCACGCUGCCGCCGCCAUGGGUGACGGGCCGAACCCCAUGGGACAAAUGUAAAGCGCAGCAACAUCUCCUCCCCCCUGAAUGGUCCAAGGUGCCAGAGUUCAUCAAGAUGAUGAGUGACCACUUCCUCUGAUGCCGUUUCCAUGACAACCUGGCAAUCGAUCAACUCCGACGUCGCUUCAGCCCGACCAAUCAGUAUCUCUGGAACUUCGGCCUGACCAAUCAGAUCAGCCUCUCUCUCUCCCCUCUCGUCUGUUCGUCUCGGAUCCUCCUCUUUGCCAUCGUCUCCUUUUUCCCGUCGAGAAACACGAACUGCAAAGUCGCAUCGGUCGCUUUCGUCACUUUGCAUCUCCAGCUGAAGUGAACUGGACGCUUCUUUGUGGAGAUGCUAAAAACGGCCGCCGCGACAUCGCUGCUACGAGGUGUGGUGGCUUUUGGCACAAAGUGACAGCAAAUGGACAAAAAAGUGUUUGGAAUCGCAUCAUCCAAGAAAUUCUUCUUCUUGUACUACAUGUUUUAUCAGCAUUCCCAGUUUUAAAGAACAAAAGGGUUCUAUAUAAAUAUAUAUAGUAUAUAUAUAUAUAUAGAUAUAUGAGAAAAAAUGACAAAAAAACUUGUCUAAAAAGUGCAACUGGACACGGGCAGCGAGGAAGGGAAGGGAUUGGGGAGGGAUGUUCGGAAUGGAACAAAACAUAUCACAAAGUGUUUAAAGAGAUUUUUUUUUCUAAAAAAAACAAACAAAAAAGCAACAUCACGCAGCUGUUGUUGUUGAACGCAGCUUCAGUGCGUCUCUGACUGAAUGGCAAUCUAACGCCACACUGUGGAUGAAGCUGUGCCUGAUCUCCUCUUGGAUGCAAACCAGUCAGAUAGAUACACACGGAGAAUGCAACGAAACUAAAAAACAUAAGCAAAUCUCCAGAAAGACUGCACAUUUAGACAUCCCACUCACACACAUUUUCAAGUUUAAAUUGGAGUGAAAGCGAGAUUCAUAAGCAGAAUCUGCCUGAGAGUAAAAACAAAUGCUUGACUAUCAUAGAUGUCCAGAACGAAGUAGGGCUAAACGGGAAAGGGAAACUUGUUCUUUCCAUCUUAAUGCAUUCCCUCCUAAAGUGCAAAUUGGAUCCUUGGAUCGUGCAAUUGGAACAUUAAUGUUUCUUGCCAGUAGCCACCUUGACAUUUUUGUACAAAUCUUAGUGGUGUGAACGCAAAUUAGACAAAAAGCCUGGACAUUCGUACCCAACUGGCCCGUGUGUAUCUACUGGUAGGAAGAAAGUACUUUGAGAAUCAAUCAUUGAAUCAAUUAAUCAUUCAAUCAGCGAGUGACUCCAGAGGGACUGGGGUGUUUUAAUUAUCAACUAAUUACAAUAGAAGGACGGGAAGGAAGAAUGACGCAAUGAUUAAAAAGUGUACUUCUUAACGCGGAAGGAAGAGAAGGCUUCUAACAUCUAGUUGUCAGCGGGUUUGUGGUGCAGAAAGAGCUCUUAGCGAACAUCCUGAAUCAGAGACCUUUGUCGGAUGUUCAAUAGCGAGGGCAGUUUGGACUCAAAAUGGAAGGAUUUGCCGGGCAGAUGGUUGAGAGGAUGGACAGAUGACAGAAAUCGACUGACAAGUGGAUUAGAGGACUGAAGUGAAUUCUUUUUCCAUGUUUAGCACAUUCCCUGAAUCGUGAUUGGGUGUUCCCGAUGUCCAGAAUGCCUCUUGGGGGAGUCAUAUGGGAUUGAAUCUGGGCAUAAUCACAAGGAACCGGAGCUCGAGGGACAGAAUCCAGAGGUCUAGACAAAGACGACACUAUGGGGGAAGCAAGGGAACAAUCAUCAGGGCAAGAGGUUUAUCAUUGUCUUCUGGGGGGCAAGAAAUAGUCGUCAAAGCAUUCCUGUGUUGGAUUCAUUAGAUUCCCACAUUUCCUGGUUUGGUAUCUGGCUGAUGAGAACCCUAAGCCUCUAACUCCAAACUCAGACCUCCCUCCAUCCCACCAUCACUGGGGAAGGGGGUUUCCGAUUGACACUACUUGCUGUCUUGGAAUAAGACCUUGUUGUUGUUGAGGUGUCUGUUGCUAGAACUGUUAGCGCCUUCUUAUCUGACAUAAUUUCCAGCAGAUUUUGCUCUUUCAGUGCAGUGCAGGCCACUCAAAAGUAAUCAGGAAUCUUUAGAGUUCCCAGUGGUGUUCUUGUUAGAGAGGGGGACCAUCUGGACUGAUUGGACCAAGGUAAACACACACCAGUAGUGAACAGGAGUGUUAGCCAGAAGUUGUUUCACAUGCCACCAUUGUUUUAGUGUUGGGUUGUAAUACUCCCAGCUAGCUAAAUGAGUCAGAUUACCAGUUGAAUGAAAGCACAGCUGCUGCUUCUGUACCAGAGGACCAAAUAUGAGCAGAUCCAAGCUGCCUGAAUGAGCGAAGUGUUGUUUUUUCCGGUUCCCUUGAACCAAACUAAGACAUCCAGCAAUCCAACAUAUCUGAUAUAGGUUUCUUACAGGUCCACUGUACUUGUAAAUUCCAAAUAUUUGUCAAAAAUUAAUGCAUUUACAUCAUAGACUGUAUGUAAAAGAUGGAUGUAGCGACAAUGCGGUCACCCUUUGGGUUAUGGAGUACAAUUCUGAGGACUCAAAUUUGGAGUAUGCCUACCGCCAUCUUGGUCUUUUGAAACUAGACAUAAGUGAUAGGUGGAUCCAACUGAGAACCCAAAGAAACAGUGCACGAUGCACCCCACCUUAAAAAAUACUCUACUUUAUCAUCAAUUAUAGUCAGAAUACAACAGUUAUUUACUGAACAUGCUCUAAAAGUCUUGAAGCUAGCGACUGAAACCAUAAAGUCAUUAGGAAAAUGUUUAUCGAGGUGACAAAUCAAGUAGAAGUGGGGUUAUUUUCUCAUAGAUUUCUGUACAAUUGGACUUCUUUUUUGCAACCAAAUGAGUUGCCUCCUGCUGGCUGUUAGAAAGACUGCAGGUUUAAGGCACUGCCAUGAUGGCUUUACCUUACAGAACCUGAGGCUACAUCCAUGUUUUAUAGACGGUCAAUGAUUUCAAUCAAUUGUAACCCAGUCAGUAGUUCACAACCAGUUGAGAAACCCAACCAACGAAAAUUCUGCGUCACUUUACCAUUUCAAAGUGUCCUACCGGGGUUUUUGGGUAGCUGUUUGAUAAUCAUUGACACUGAUUUGGAGGUAAGAUGAUCGGAUAACUGACAAAAGAGACAAAUUAGGAUGAACACUUAAGUAAUCAAGAACAGUAGGAACAUCUGUAAGAGCACUGGUUUCCUGGUGUCAGUCUGGAAGUCCCCCGUUCAGCCCAGGUUGAAGCCCAGUUUAAUCCCCAGUCCCAGUGCUCUGCUGACCCUCGCCUUACGAGCCCAGCCCCUCUCCCCAGUCUCUCACCCCACCUGAGCGGUCCCACAGAUGCAAUUUGAACAUUCACACUUCUACCAAUGUGCCUUUUUAGAGUUCAUAUCAUUCGAGUUGCCAGAGGAGGACAUUUACCUGGUCUUUUAAUAGGAUGCAAGCUUAGGGAAACCUGUUCUUAGUCGUUAGGUUCUAUGCAGUCAGGUUUUUUACCAGACCUGGGAAUUUAAAAAAAGCUAAAAAGGAAAAAAAAGUAUUUUUUGGAUAAAAAACUAAACUGUAUUUAAUGUACUGUACGCUUAUAUGUAAGUAGACAGCGUGUUCUGGCUUCGAGCCAAUGGGACAGACGCUUGAUUUAGCAAAACUAGCCCCCGUCCCAGUCCUCCAGAACCCCCCCAGACCCACUUUCCUGAUCCAAGCCCCGAUCCUGUUUCCAUGGUGAACAACGCGUCUCUUCUUGUAUUAUAGCUUAUCAGCUUUUUAUCAAUAUUUGAUCGGCUUGUCCGUAAGCCAAUGUAGUCUUCAGUACAAAGUGUGUGGUCGUAUGUUGUAAAAUGAAUUUUCUUUUUUUUCUUCGUUCUUCUCUCUCCUCCUCCUUCUCUUUCUCUCUCUUUCUCGCUCUCUUUUAUAAGAAAAAUCUUUUCUCUUAUUACUUUUUUUGUCUGUUCUGGUUUACAUGUCUAUUACAGAAAAAUGUACAAAAAAGGAAAAAAAAAAACAAAAUGAUGACAAAACAUUUAAAAAAAAAAAACACGACACAAUUUGCUAUCCGGCAGCAUUGUUCUCUGUCGGCGGUCAUUUUUGACGCGGUUUAAAAAUCCUACCCAAUCAACAGGAAAGGCACGGAAACUGGAAAAGAAUUUAUUUGAAUAAAUCAAUCUAUAUAUAAAUGUACAAAAAAGUAUAUACAGUAUAUAACGAGGGUGCCGUUUUCUGUUAUUUUUUUAUUUUUCGUUGCAACGGAGCGUUUGCUCGGGGAAGGAGGAGUUAUUUUCUCAAAGACUGAACUGGCAGAAGUUGGCGAGGCCCCUCAGUGUUAUGAAAUUUUCCGACUGAACUUCGUUGUAUUCUCUGUUGUUGCCAUGACAACGCCCUUCCGACUAGUACGGCACCCUGCGCAGGACAAAAAAAUGGGACCGGAGUUCCAUCAGCUCCAUUCACUGCUAUCUAUCCAAGGCAACAACAACAACACAGACGUUUGUAAAUUGUAUGCAACAAAAUGGCAAACUUUACCAUUAUUUUGAAAUUGUGUAUGUAAAAGUUAUAUUUUUACAUGUAGACUGUUGUUAUUUUGUGUUUUAGAAAUAUGUUGUAUCGGUUUUUUUGUUAAAAGAUGAAAAAGUAAAAAUUCAGUGUGUGUUGAAAAAUGUGUCACAUUGAAAAUGUAGUGAGGUCAAAAAGUUCAGAAAUCAUUUUUGUUUUGUUUUUGUUUUAUUAUUAUUUUUUUCAAUAUUCUGUUUAUAUCUGUGGGGGACAUGUUUGAGGGGUUCGAGGGAGGAAUCGGAAAUCAUAAAAAAUAUAUGAUAUUUGUUUAAAUUCUCCAUGCCUCAUGACAUUACCAUUUUUAAUUGUAUUUUUUGCAGAGAUAUGUGUAAAUAGUCAUCAGCCAUUUUUUUUCUGUGGGUUUCUUUUUUCUUUUCUGUGGGGUGAAGAUUUGCCAAUGAGAGACGAUGAUCACAACAAUGUUUUUGAGUUUUUGGUGAGGUUGUAUUCGUCCGGUUACAGUAGCCAGGUGCCAACUUUUUCGUUUUGAUCGGUGGUGCUCAAGUACUGUUCGUGGUUUCGGUUGCCGACCCUCUGAAGUGUAAGUCAAAGUGUUGUCUUCGCUCGCACCAAGCAUCACUCGUAUCAGAGCCGACGGGAGCCACUUGUUUUUAGGAAGUUACUUUGAUUUUCCAAAAAAGAAAACACUGAAAAGAAUGAAAAUUUGUUGAAAAAUUGACAAAAUCGCAACUGAGGUACCCAAAGAGUGUUCGCAAUCGACUUUGGCGCCCCCUGGUGGCCAUUUGCCGGCUCUGACUCCUGUGCAUUUUAUUUUUCUUUGAGAUUGUAAAUGUUGAUGUGAAUGUUACAAUGAAAGACCCUCAGCACCUGAUUCAAGAAUAAUAUAUGGAAAAUUUUUGAAAAACAGAUUUGGAGAAAGUCGCUAAUAUAAAGAAGCAGGUCGUCAGCAAACAAUCUCUUCAGCUAUUUCCCCAAAAAGAAAUCCGAUCGCGUGCAAGGCAGUUUCAGUCGUUUGUUAUUGUUUUUUGUUUUUUUUAGUGUUUGCCAUUAAAAUUGAGCUUUUUUUUUUUGGUCAAAAGGAAAAAAGCUGCUUUGACUCGGACCUAGGUUAAACACUAGGAUUGAAUCUGUCAGUGUAAGUGCUAAAUGUAUUUUUUAAGUAAUGUUUUGUUUUUCUUCGCGAUGCUUCAUUUCAUAUUUUCUCUUUGUUGUAUAAUCAAGUCAUCUCCCGAAUUACGGUAUCUUCAUUUUUAUGUUACCCCUGGUGUUUCUAUUAGCCAAAAUGUUAACUUUUUCUUUUUCCUCCUUGUUGUACAUACACACCUCAUUUCUCUUUUUCAGUGACUGUGCCAUGAGCUUUGUAAUCUGUUACUCUGUACCAGUUUUACUGCAAUAAUGAGUUGAAUUCAAAAUGGCCACUCCUGUCCUUUGUUUUCCCAAUGAUUUUAGAAAUAUUUUUCUUGCAGCAAUUCUUUCUUACAACUUAGAUCAACAUUCAGAUGCACUGCAGAAUAGAGAAGCACUAGCCAACAUCAGUAGCACAACCAAGCUGAAAUUUGGUACAUUUAUACACACUAAAUAUCAUUUGUAGGGUUUUUUUCUGCUAGGAAUUUUAAAAAACAAAACAUUUUCUAAACAGCACUUGUUCUGCAGAAAAAAUGCCUCAGUUCCUGUGAAAGAAAAUAACAAGUGAACAGUGAAAGAACCCUUUUUUUAGGUCUUAAUGCUCUACAUAUCAGAAAGUUUAGCUCGUGCAAAUCUCCACUGCCAGAAAAAAGACAAUAUUUAAAAAUUCCUGUUGAUAUUUAGAGUCAUUUAUUAAAACAUAUUUCUCUUAAUGCAUCUCUAUUGUAACAGUUUCAUAAAUCACAAUGUACAUUUCUUUAGCCUUGAGGCCUUUGCCAACUUAAAUAAAAGUAUUUUAGAAGGUUUAUUGUGUUAAAAAUGCGUUUUCAAAUGCAUAGAAAUUCAGUUAAGUUUGGCUUUUUAGUUAUUCACAGAUUUUUCAGCAUUUAAAAAGGAAGGCAUAGGAGCGUAUGACCAAUAAAAGAUAGAAUAAAACUUGCCGCCAAGAGAUUUUUUUUUUUAUUUCUAAGACAAUCUGUUUUACGAAGGAGUAUUUGAAGUUCCAGCUGGUAAUAUUAGCUGUUCACUACUAGUACGAGUAAAUCAGUCAGAAUUUGAGUACAUUCCAGGUUAUUAGUCAUCGCGUGCCGUCUGAUUAUUCCCAGCAUACAUUCUCCCACUCAGUUGGAUGGAGUAUUGAUAAGUUUCAUCUCUUUGCAUCCACUGCAGUGUUUAGCAGGUUUGCCGUAAUUAUUGUAUUUCAAGAAUAAGUUAGCACUUUGCACGACAUAAAAUCAAAAAUACCGAAAGCCCCUAAAAUGUACGAUCAUUUCAACAUGCCGUAGUGUCACAGUCAAAGAGGAUUUGUGGAGUUGCAAUCUUUGAGUUUUUUCACCCAAACAACUACCAAGAUCCCAUUUACCGACUUACACUCCAGGAUGUAUAGUGUGUCCUGCAGCCUGGAUAACUUCUGACUAUUGCAGUUUUUACACGACAGAUGUACCAUUAACCACAGUGUAGAAGUUAAAAGACGUUAGCAGUUCAUAUGAAGCCACAUCUUUGGCAUUGAGGUGUGAAAUAGGGCUGAAUAGGUCUUCAAAAUUGAACUAAAAUCGAGUUCAAACAUUGCAAAGGCUCUGGUUUGGGAUAGAAGUUGUGCCGUGCUUUUAAGUCAAGGUUUUUGUUGCAGUGCUUUCACAAAUUCCCUCUCGUGUGAAAGUUGACUUUUCGAUAGUAUCUCAUGUGUCAAAGCUCCAUCUCACGUUUUAAACCUCUUCCACAAACUGGACAUUAAAAAAUUGACCAUAAAUCAUCGUCAUAAUCACAAAAUAUGACAGAAAAAGUUCAUAAUUUCCCCCAGAUCAUUUAGCUCUAGAUUUUAAUACACAAAAUUAAACCUAGAAAUACGAUAAUUAUGGAGGUUUUUGCACAAAUAAUUGGUUUGUAGCAUUUGGAAGUACAGAGAUAGACCCAGGAUGCAAUUAGCCUAGCUUAGCACAAAGCCUGGAAGUAGAUGGGCCUUUUAGCUUAGCUCCAUCACAGCUUAAUAACACACUUUACAGUCAUUCCAAAGCUAGCUGCUGUAUGUAGUUAGCUGGAAAUCUGGAUCCAUCCACUGCUAUCUGCUGCUAAAACUGCAACAACUCAUUAAGUUUUUGGUUUCUACAUCUGCUCAAUAGAGAUAAUGUCACCUGUAGUUGAGUUUCAGCGACGCAAACUUCCUGUUGUAGUUGGGCAUUGGAGGUAGAGACAUUAUGGCCAUAUGCAGUAGGUACCACCAGAUCUAUGCUGGAAAAAUGUCUAUUUGGGAUUUGGGUGAUAUUUAUGAGGUACAUUGAGGGUUUAGAUACCAUCUGAGAACUUAGACUUUAUAUUUCCAUUUUGUUUUGCAGUCAGAAAGGAGUAAAGCUUCAUUAACUCUUCCUGGUUCUUGUCCUCAUUACCACUUUAGACAUAGCUAAAAUCACUUAAAUUAAACUUUAAAUGACUAAAUUACUAAUUAAUGCUCUGAAUAAUGGCGGUAAACCAUCUUACUUUAGAUUUUUACCUGAUAUUUUGUUUUAAUUUCAGCAGGCUGUACCAUCUCGUCACCGGAUGACAAUGUCUACAUUCCUUAUCCAACCUGUUAAGCUCUGAUUGUUUGUCCAAUCACAUGAAACAAACUUAUUUUAAAGACUGAACUGAACAAAGGGGAGAUUUUGGUGAUGAUUUAGAUGUUUGGGACCAAGUAUAAUUCAGUAUUUAGAGGAAAGUAUUGGUUUUGGAGCACAUAUUACAAAUAGAACGGAGCUAUUCAUUAGAAGAUUAGAGAAUCAAAGUAUGCUGGGCUGAGUAGGUUCCAAUGACAAUAUAAAUGAGCACAAACAAAGAAUCAAACCCUGCUUUUUUUUAGUAUUAUAAUCACUGCAUACAGCUGAUGAACUGUGGCCUUUUCCUUCCUGUUCCUUGUGAUGCAAUUUAAUGAAGAGGCAAACAAGAAAAAUUACAUUUAUAGAUGUAAAAUUACCCCUUUUGUGUUUUUCACUAAAGCAGACUUCAAACAGAAGCUAAAUAUGAACUCAGCUAAUCAGAAUUUCUAAUAUAUUUAGCAAAUUUAUUGAAAGGCCGAUCCUUUUUUUUGGGUAUUUGAUAAAGGUUUAUUUGAACCACUGAAUACCACACUUCCAUUGUGGGACAUCCCAUCCUGGCAGAUAACAGACGAUUAAAGAAAAUAUCCCAAAAAGUUUUUUUUUUUUUUUAAAUAACAGCGUUUAUACAGUUUUCUUUCCAGUGAGUGGCUGAGUGCCUGCAAUCUUUAUUUCACUGCUUUUUCUUUUCUGCUCGUCUGUCCUCAGUCUUUUCUGGCUAUCGCCGUAUUCUUUUAUUAUUCCGUUUGUUGUUUCUGUUCUUCUGACUACAUGUCGUUUUUUAUGCCAGAGGAGUGCAGAUUUUGGGGAACAGGUUUUCUGUGCUGAGGGUUUUAUUCUUCCUCGUACCAGCCCAACAGUCCGGCCGUUCGCUGCCUGUUGGUUCUCAUCUUGUAGUGAUUCAAUGAGGUUCAUGUUCAUGACCGUUCUGUAGCAAUAAAUGUGCCAUUUUUAUAACGCA